GGGCGGGGCGGAGGGCGAAACCCGGAAGUAACGGCUGCGGCCUUGCGGUUAUUUAAAAUUUAAUUCCCAUGUCAGCAGAAAGCUCAACCAUCACAGUUCGCCUCGUUCGUUCCUUUGAGCACCGGAAUUUCAGGCCUGUGGUUUAUCAUGGAGUUAACUUGGAUCAGACAGUGAAGCAGUUCAUUGCUUUUGUGCAGAAGGAUGUGCCUUCAAGAACAGGACUUCCUCCUCCUUUUAAAACUUACAAGUACGAUACGAUGAAGAUUAUUCACCAAGCUCACAAAUCUAAGACUGGUGAUCUGGUAGUGAGUUUGGAAGAUGACGACAACCUGAUUUUGAAAGAAGACAGCACGCUGAAAGCAGCUGGAGUAGCAAAUGAGACCGAAUUAGCAUUCUUCUGCGAGGAAGAUUACAGAAGCUACAAAGCUAAUCCUGUUUCGGCCUGGUGAAGAUCCCAAGAGAUUGUUUUGUUUUCCCAUACUUGUUGUAAAUCUUCCUUGCCCUGCUUAAUGACUUUUUCUUUAAAAGAUCAAUAAAUCCUUGAGGAUUGCUUUGCAAACAGUGCAAUUCCCUUCCUAUAGAAAUUAAUUUCUGCCAAUAUGCUGAGGCUGAGAGGGAAGGCUGGGGGACGUGCAUGGUUUUUUUCCCCCCCUCCUCUCACAUUUCUUUUCCCUUUGCUUGCCUUUCACAAUGGAGGCAGUGCAAACGCUCUGACCUGUGGCACACAUUCCCAGUAUGAUCCUGCAGUAUUAUGUCAGCUCCGUAUUGAGAUUAUACACCACGCAGUAAAAACCCCUCUCAGUAGUAACUUCUAAUGAGAAGGGGAUCUUUUUGUGACUGUUUUAGAGAGCUUGACAAGAGAAACUCUGUGUUGCAGAGUAACAGAUUUACUCCACUCACUUUGUUUAGGCUCUUUUGUUGAAUGGUACAGAAUGGUAAGUGUUUCACUCUGCUGGUGAAAGCUUUCCUUUAUGCUUUCUCCCAGCCCUCUUUAGCAUGCUGAAACAGAAAAUGGCUGUUUAGAGGCUUUUGUGUUCCAGGACCAGCUUGCUUGUUACUACACUGCUUUGUGAGGACACCUUCUCGUCCAAGGUAGCAACCUGAGUUCUGCCAGGGCUUCACUGUGCAGAAAUAGCAGUUGGGCAUUGUUCCAAGUAGUCUCAAGGAUCAAGGUUUCAGUUUUAAGAAUAAAACCCAAACGAUUGCAUUUUUGCAAGGAGAGGCCCAGUCUGCACAACAGAUGUCUGUAAGACUGGGAUUGAUUCUUUCCUGCUUUCCAAGUGCCAAAUGCUCCGUUGCUAUCUGGUAGUUCUUGGUAAUUCCAGACUUUCCUGGAAUUAACCAAAUUAAGAGCUAUAAUCAAAUUAAGAACAAGAAGAAACAACCAUACAUCUAGUUUAGAAAGACAGUUACAAAACUGCUUUCUAAGGGUUUGCCAAGUUGGGACUGUGUCUUUAAGCCUCUCUUCACUGAAAUAGAAAUGAUUCUGGCUCUCUGCCUUUGCUCUGCUAAAUCAAACGAGACCUUGUGCAAUUGCUUUAGGCCCAUACAUCUGCCCUCAGUUCUGGGUCAGAGCUGACAACACCAUUUCCACUAGAGACUCUCCAGAGAAGUAAACUUACAGUUUCCUAGAACUUUGAUUGUUAUUUUUUUUUAUUGACAUGAUAGUGAAAGCAGGUGUAUGAUUUCCAAAGCUUCUAAAUAAAGUUCUUUUUGC